AAGUCGUAGUUCCAACCGCUGGUUGUUUGACACUGUUAUUUUAUGAGAGCUCUGGCUGUCUCCUACACUCAAAACUGACACCAUUGACCGGAGAAAAAUCAAAGAAAAUUGAUACUCCUGUCACGGCGGUUCUCGGACUUUCAUUUAUGGAUUAUCUCUGAUUGAAACGCGACAUCAUGAUUAGUAGGAGGCCGAGAACUGUUUGCUAUCAGACACACGGGCGACCGUUGAGCUGGUAAUGUAUUUUUCACAGCAUAUGUUUGACUGUGUUAUAAACGGAUGUGUCACCCUCAGCGCACGGACUCUGUCGUGUUAAUGAGUAUGUCAGCCGCACCACAGCGGGUUAUUUGACACCUACGCCGACGUAAAAUAGCAAUUUGCUGACUGGAGUUGCAGCAAUGGCUUCGGCGCUGAGUAGCUUCAGUGGUCCCGAGGUGCUGGAGGACGUGAAUCACGCUCGGAGUUUGAUGGACGAGUUGAAAUUACUGUACGACUGCCGGCUGCUGGGGGACGUUACUAUCGGGGUUAAAUGUGAAGAGGAGUCCCUGGAGCACUGCGGGGGGUCACCCAGGGGUGACAUUGACCAACUUUUCCUGUGUAGCCGCAACGUCCUCGCUGCUGCGAGCCCUUACUUCAAAAGCAUGUUCACCGGGGGAUUAAAUGAGAGCAUGCAGCAGACAGUGGUCAUCCGCGGGGUGGACUCUGAGUCCAUGUCUGUCAUUAUAGACUACUGUUACACCGGCAGGGUGACCAUCACGGAGAGCAACGUCCAGAGGUUGUACGCUGCAGCCAACAUGCUUCAGCUUGAGUACAUCAGGAAGGCUUGCUCCAGCUUCAUGACAAGGAGGCUGGACCUCUCCAACUGUGUGGGGAUACUGAAAUUUGCAGACACCUAUGACAACCCAGAGUUGAAGGAGAAUGCACAAGCUUUCAUAGCCAGGAACUUCAGCCAGGUGUGUAAUGGUGGAGAGCUGUGUGAGCUGGAUUUGAUGCAGCUGAAGGAGAUGUUGUCUCUGGACACUUUGGAUGUGGACUGUGAGAGGAAGGUCUGCUCGGCUGCUUUGCAGUGGAUAGAGGCGAAUGCACCGCAGAAAAGGGAGGAUGCACUACAGGCGCUGAAGUGUGUGCGGUGGAACUUGUUUACCGAGAAGGACAAGUGCUACCUGGAGGGCCUAAUGGCGAGGCCUGUGAUUGAGAAAUACCUUGCAUCUUUCUUUAACAGGUCUGCAGAGGACAGUUGUGGAUUGCCUGCAACUCUAGACGUACCAAAACACAGAAUAGGUGUAAGCGCAAAGGAAAUGAUUCUCUUCUUCGGCCUACCUAACGACAAUAUAAUGUGCUGUGACCCGUACUCAGAGGACCUGUAUUUCAUGGCUCCUCCUUUAGAAGAUCUCAGCAGUCAGGAUUACAAACGUUCCACAAUGGAGUCCUUAAUUGCCUGUGCCACACCUGAGAACAACUUGUACCUAGCCUCCCAUCUCUCUAAACACUUCUGGCUGUACAACCCUGUGCUCAACAAGUGGCAGGAGUUGGCAGAGAGGCCGCUGGGGAGGAUACACUCUGGGAUGGGCUACCUCAACGGCCAUGUUUAUCUUCUGGGAGGAAGAAAUCCGGUGACGGAUACCAGGCUGAAGGAGGUAGAGUGUUACAGUGUCCAGAGGAACCAGUGGACGUUUGUGGCUCCUCUGCCUCAUUCUUUAGGUAAAAUGCAGGUGGUGUCACUAAAUGAUCACCUGUACGUGGUGAACAAACGGAGAAUGCUUUGCUACGAUCCCAAGAGGAACCGCUGGCGCCACUGUGGGUCGCUGAGAAGAGACAAGCUUCACAAAGCAUGCGUGUUUCAGGAUCAGAUCAUCUGUGUGUGUGACAUCCCCGUGGUGAAAGCCUACAGCCCCACCAGAGGGGAAUGGAAGAGGCUGGGUGACAUUCCCAUUGACAGUCGUGCUUUAAAUUACCAGGUGAUCCAGCACAACAACAAGCUGCUCCUCCUCACUCAGACUUUACUGCAGCACAACAAAAACAGGGUCCUUAUCCAUGAAUACGACCAAACCAGGGACACAUGGAAGAACAUCAUGGCGGUGUAUGUGUCCACCCUGGGGCCCGUGUGUGUUUCAACACGUGUGUACCCCGCAUGCCUGGGCUCUGCUCACAGCUUCUCCACAGAGGAGGACGAUGACAGCGGCUCUAGUGCCGACUGGGACUUUGAUGGAUUGACAGACGCAGACUCCGACUCUGGCAGCUCCAGCUCAUUCUCAGAUGAGAACUGGUAGUGAUUACUGUGUCAAAGAAAAGCUUAACUUAUUUAUAAUGUGAUGGAUUUUUACAGGGUUCUGUCUGCCAGGACAGGCUAUAGAUCCAGAUCCAGUUCAGUAUUAAAGCCAGACACUUACAGUAGAAGCACAAGUCCAUCGAAAUCCUUACUUCACUCUGACGGUUUUCUUUCUCUGCACCAGUCUGGCUUAUGAAUAUUUACUGAAGGGGAGAAGAAGCUAAGCAGAGUUGGUUUCUGAAAUACCCAGACACAAGGGCUUUGUUGUUCAAUUUGUAUCAUGUGCUGCCAGCAUGAAGGACAGUGUGCUGUCUUGUAGUCGUGUUUACACAAUAACUCAAGACAGAUACAUAACUUCAGCAAUAAAUUCCUCCAUAAAGUCGUAACUUACCACAUCAGUGAGGGCAGCUGAUUGAAGGGUACUUCAGUCCAGACGAGUAGUAUUACACUUCCAUAAAAUUGGAGGAACUGGUGAGAGACCGAUAAACAAAGAAAUAAAAAUAGAAGCAGUAGAGGCUGUUAUAUCCUGACUUUUGGUCUUUAAAGGUCCAGUGUGCAGGAUUUAGGGGCAUCUAAUCUAUUAGCAGAAAUGGUAUAUCCUCCCGAGACCCUGUGUCCUCUAGGGCUGCCACUAACGAUUAUUUUCAUUGUCGACUAAUCUGUCGAUUAUUUCUUCGAUUAGGCGACUAAUCAUUUAAUCGAAAAAUGUGUUAAAAUGUUGAAAAAUGUCGGUCUGUCUCUCCCAAACCCCAAAAUUACGUCAUCUAAUGUCUUGUUUCAUACUCACGCCAAAGGGUUUUAGUUCACUGUCACGGGAGAGUGUGUAAAGCUGCCAAUAUCUGAACGUAAGAAGCUGCAGUAAGAGUAUUUUGGGGUACUUUUAUAGUGCUUUUCUAUAAAAAAUGACUCAAACCCAUUAGUCGACUACUAAAAUAGUCACCGAUUAUUUUAAUAGUCGAUUAGUCAUCGAUUAGUUGACUAAUCGUGGCAGCCCUAGUGUCCUCAUUUGAGGACAUCACCUUUUGAUUUUGGGUUUCCUGCACAUUAUACUUCAUUCUGCUUAACAUAGACCUGUUGUCCUUGGUUGAAACUUGUUUAUUUGUGCUAAAUAAUGUCCGUAGUUUAAUAUGGCAAACAAAUUUGACCAAUUUUAACAACAGUAACAAGCAUUCAGGCAUUGAAAUGAACAAUUUUGAACAGUUUUAGACUUAACUAAUGACCCCUAACCCGCAGCGUUAUAACAUAUUCAACAAUUGUUGCAUUGUUUGUAAUUUUGUUUUUGCACAGCAAUGUCCAGGCAUUGAAAUAACAGUUUAAUAAUUUAUCUCACACUUCUGAUUAUUAAAAAUAAACCCAUUGUCUCCAUGUGAAGACAUUUUUUUCCCCAAAAACUACUUCCUGUUCAAAGACAGUGCCUCAUUUUUUAUAAAUUGAUCAGGGCCUACUUUCCGAAGUAGCAUGGAGAAAUUAAAAAAUGCAUACCAAACAAAAGCUGGGGUCUCAGGAGGAUGUAAUCAUAGAUAUCUUUUCUUUCGUUUAUGAUCACCUGAAAAUAACGAUCAUGGUGUUUUUGUUAUCUUAGAAUGAGCCAUUUAUACCUACAUAAGGAGCGGGCCCUCUCAGAUGGAGUCCACCAUGUUGUUCUACAGUAGCCCAAUACUGACAAACCAAACACAGACUCUAGAUAGGGCCAUUCAUAUUUUUGCACCUGCAACCGUAGUUCUCCGACAUGCUUGGCACAUGGGAGAAGUUUCGGUUAUGUAACCUUACUGCAGGAUGCCACUAAAUCCUACGCACUAGACCUUCAAGGUCAUCCUACACUUCCCAUAAUGGAGUGUUUUCCAAACUGAGCCUGCAGGUAGAUGCACAAGUUCAGAGGGAAAAUUUCAAAUGAAACUAAAGCUUAUUAUAGCAGAGACAUUUUAACUUGUCAAACACAGGUGUUACUAAGAUAAUUAAUCGCUGAACAUCAUUCAUUUCAUUACUUCCACCUCUGCUCUUCCUGCUAUGACGGAGUACUCUAAUGCUGCCAGGGUGAAAAUUGCAAAGCUUGUUAAGCUCAUCAAGGUAACACAUCAGUCAAAUCUGAAAUACAAAGAUGCCUAUCAUGCUCUUGUGUUCACUGUCACUAUAGUAGCAGAGUCUUUUGUGUGUAACACCUCUGUUAGAUACAUAUUUUCAAUUUCUUAAGGGGGAAAGGGGGACAGAAGAAGUUUUGGAGACACGGCCAUAAUGCAAAUUGCAGAUUUCUUUAUACUUGACGGUGCUCCUCCAGAGCUACAAAAGAGUUAUAGGUAACUGUUUGCACAGGAAGAACAGCAUUUCCUAUGACUGGUAAAAUGACUUUGACGUAAAAAUCGGAGGGCCUUUGAAGGAAUACUUCACCCAUAAAAUGACCAUAAGAAAAUCAGAUAGUCAUGCCAUGUUCCUUUUACUGGCUUGGCGCCACAAAAAAUGCUGAACAUACUGAUUUAUUGAUUGAUUUUGGACCACGUUUAGCAGCAAACCUAUAUCAAAACAUCUGUUCACAAACUCCCACACAACUCAUGCAGUAUAAUCUUAGUCGUAUUUAUCCAGUCACGUGCUCAGUACUUCUCAAACACAUGCAUUUUCACAAAAAAUAGUCUUAGUAUUGGAAUCUGGCUUUGAAGAGAGCAUAGAUAAGUUUAAUUUUCAGUUCAAAAUAGCAAAAAUGCAUGUGUUUUGGAAGUACUGUGCAUACGACUGGAUAAAAGAGACUUGGAUUAUACUGCACGAGUUGUAUUGGAGUUUACUAAUUAUUAUUUUGACAUAGUUUUUUGCCAUUUUCCGUGGAGGCAAGCAAGAAAAAGAAAGAAGUUUUCUUCAUGAAUUUAAGUAAACACAGCAUGACUAAUUGAUACACCAAUGGCCAUUUUGUGUGUGAAGUAUUCCUUAUAUGCUUUGGGCUGGUGUUGUGUUAUAUAAAGACACAUUUUUGACAGAAAUAUUAAUUAUAUUGUGCUUGAAUAAAUGAGUACACCUGCUUAUGACUGGCGUGAAAUCAUGACUGUGAGUUACGGGACAUCAGGCAGCUCAAGUGCCUCAUGUUUAUGACUUUAAACACAACUGGUCAUUUACAGGGCUUUAAAAUUUGCUGUCCCUUUCUCUGAUGUUAUUGAUUCAAGACGUCUCUCACACACACACACAUACACAGCUGGUGUUUUAAAAACUGCUGUAUGAAACGUAGAAGCCAACACGCUCACUCAGGUUUAGGCUUCAGUAAAAAGCCUGUUUGCCAUGAUUGACUUUGUUAUUUUUUUAGAUGUAGUGAAAUUAGGUGGUUUUGGUGACAAAUGCUAAAUUUUAUGAAAUUUAUUUGAAGCUAUUUUAUUGGAUGUAUGUAUGUGUUUUCUUAUCUGUGAUUUUUAAUUUAAUCUUUAUGUUUCAUUCAGGAACCAGAAUGUUUCAAGAAGUGUUUUGAGUAUUGUUUGGUCCUGAUGAACUGCUGGAGGAUAUUUUGUCUGCAUGUAAUAAAGCUGUUGCGAAGCCAUCGUCCUCCCCGACCACCCCACACACUCAUUUACCAGUUUAUUAGCUGCGUUGAAGCACGAUGGAGUGUUUCUAAUGUGUCUACGCUCAUUAAUAUUAGUGUUGUAGGCAAAAUAUUGAAAUCACCCUUUACAUAUAAUGCAAUACCACAAACUACAGUCUCCAGAAUUAAAAAUGAAAUUGAGUCAACACAUCUAAUAAACAGUUUAGACAAACACUGAACAUUAUAAAAUUCAUGGUAUUUAUUACAGGGCUGUUACAUUAAGCUGUAUUAGUUUCUGCUAAGUGUACCUAAUAAACUGGUAAAUGAGUGUAGCUCUAAAUGCUGUCCCUCUGUAUGAUAGAUAAUUGAAGUGUUACUUUGAGUGUGUGUGUGUGUGUGUGUGUGUGUGUGUGUGUGUGUGUGAAGGGGCGAUUGGCUGUGGUCUGGAUUAUAAAUCUGUUUUGGUGUAUGUGUCAAAUAAACAA